GUGCUUAUGAGAGCACUUGGUCUUGUCCUCCUAGUUGCUGCGUCAUGUUGGUCAAUCACAGAUGUUGAACGAGCACAAAUGCUUGAGGCUCAUCACCAAGUGCGACAAAGUGUGAACCCGCCUGCUGCUAGCAUGAAAUUGAUGAGGUAUUCGAAGAAGCUGGAAACGCUGGCUGACAAGUGGGCUCGUCGAUGCGAGUUCGAGCAUCCGAAUGGAGACGAACAUCCAGAAUAUCAUGCGCUUGGACAAAAUCUCGCCCUCGCCAUCGGUUUUAAGCCGCCUUUAACUGAGGCUUCUUGUGGUUGGACAGGAGAAGUUAAGUUUUAUCAGUAUGCCAAUGAUUCGUGCAGUCACAUUUGUGACCACUAUACACAGGUGAGUUUAUUUGUGCGCCUAGAACAAUGCAUCGCUCCUUCAUUGUGGUCGGAGGUGCAUGUAAUGCCCUUCUUCAACCUCCACAUUUGCCUACCGAAAUAUGUCGAUAUGGUGUGGGCAGACACGACAGAAGUAGGAUGUUCAAUGAGGAGAUGCGAUGGACUUAGACCGAAGCAGAAUAACCCACAAUAUAUUACUGUCUGUCAAUACAGUCCUAUGGGAAAUUACAUUGGCAGGAAACCCUACACUGAAGGACCGAGUUGCAGCCAGUGCGCCAAAGGAGAGCAAUGCUACCGCAACCAGUGCGUAAAAGGUUUUCAGUGGAAGAGAGUAUUUCCCUUAUCUAAGCUCCCACAUCUCAAGGAUAGAACGAUGCCAAAAUGCAAACCUACUGAAUUUUAUUCCAGCGUGAUAUACAGGGGAGCAUAA